AUAAUCAAAAAGAUUGAUUUUAUUUAUGAAGUGGUUAUGAUAUAGUAUAUUGGUGUUGAUGUAGUUGUUUAUGGUUAAAGAUCAAAAUCUUCAAAAUGAUUGAAAUUACUUGCAAUGAUAGAUUGGGAAAAAAAGUUAGAGUAAAAUGUAAUCCUGAAGAUACAAUUGGUGAUUUAAAAAAAUUAAUCGCAGCUCAAACAGGAACAAAAUGGGAAAAGAUAAUUUUGAAGAAAUGGUACACGAUUUUCAAAGAUCAUAUUAGAUUGGGAGAUUAUGAAAUUCAUGAUGGCAUGAACAUAGAACUUUACUAUCAAUAAAUACAUUUAAUAGAAUAAAAUUGUAAAUUUUUUUUCUUAAUGCAUAACAUAAUUAUUUAACUAAUAAA